AUGACCAUGGAGCGCACCCUGCCGGCAGAUUGGCGACGUGAUGAUGCGCCUUGGGAAGAACUCCUGUUAUCAACUCUGGAGAAGCGCUGUGCAGCGCGCAAUCUUUCAGUCCUGGGCGGCCGUUCGGGGAUGAUAAAGCGACUGGAUCACUAUCAAAAGUCCUUCGGCACUGAAAACAGGAUGAUGUCCUGGCGAAAUCGAUGGAGCGAUGUCCUCCGCUAUGUCUUCAACUGCCCCGAGCCUCUCCGUUGGCAACGGUCCUUCCUUUCCACUGAGCUGGAGGACAUUUACCGCCACAGCUACGCGGUUCGCACUCUGCUUCUUACCAAUUGGAAAAGCCAGGAUCCUCUCUGUGCUCUCUGCUUCAAGGCCGUUGGUCCCACAGAAGGGCAUUCGACCUGUUGCGUCACGUGUGGAAGAACGAUGCACACCGAAUGUGUGGGUGUUGCACAGAAAGCGAGAGCACUGACCAAGGAAGAGCAAUGCUGGAGGUGCGAGGACGAGACUGAAUGGGGUAUCGACAAAUACUGUGAGCCUGGACAAGUCCAGUAUCCUCUGAUUGUCCCUGGCACCAAAGCUGCCCCUCAGACACUACAGGGACCAGGUGGAAAUACCGCUCAGCAGCACAAUGAGCGCGAGGCAAGCGAUGCUGCUGGCAGCAAAGGCUUUGGCUCAUCACGCGGCGAAAACUCAGGUCAACGAGCCAACAAUCCUCCUUCCAUCAGCGCGGAUCCUGUCCCUAGUACCGCUCCAGCUCCAGCUUCUGCUGCUACUUCCGAUACCGCUCUGGCUCCGACUUCCGGUACUGCUUCCAUCAAAAAUCCCAUUUCAACCACCACGAACGCCAACAACAGCGACAGGGACUCAGCCAAACUAGUCCAAGAUCACAACCAUAUGACAAAGAAAUUAGCUGAGAUGCGGAAGCGUGCCAAGCGUGAACAUCAGAAACUUAACAAGAAGCAUAAGAAGGAGAUUAAAAAGCUCAGAAAGAAGAGCAAGCGAGAGCUCGAGAGGCUUAUGAAGAAAAGUAAGAACAUGGAGAAGAAGGCUAAAAGCUUGGGUGGAGGGCGUGAAGGGAAUGAUGACGCCUGA